GAAGACAACGAACAACUGGUCCAUAAUCUGUCCUCCAAAGAACUGAAGCCAGAAAAGAUUAGAGUGCUGCAACGCGGUGCUGGUUUCAACAACUCGGACGCCGACCCGGUUGACCUUGUGGCCGCCAUCCAGUCGGUCCUUAAACACACGCAUGAGCCCGGAGAGACACAAAACCUGAUUCGGCAGCAGACCAUCUCACUUGUUAUGACGCACAAACGCCGCCCUGUUAUCCCGAGAACGGAACGGGAUGCCCUGAGGACGCUGAAGGCUGACAAGACGAUAGUCAUACUACCAGCAAAUAAAGGGCAUUCUACGAUUGUACUGGACAAGGCUAAAUACCUGCAUAAGGCCAACACACUGCUUGAGGACCGCCCAGCAUACCAAAAGUGUGAAGGUGACCCAAUGAAACAGUUUUUAACACAAAUUAACUCAACACUCAUUGUGCUGCAGAACAAUGGUGCGAUGAUCAGAGCGGAACGAUUGGCCAUCAAACCAAACGAUGCAGCGAUGGCAAGACUCUACUAG